ACGACAGCGGAACCGCACACAAACACAACACCAACAGUUCAGGCCAUGGCUCAGCUUCAGAAGGGAAGAAACUUUAUAGCUGUCAUUGGAGACGAAGACUCCGUCACUGGCCUCCUUCUUGCGGGAACCGGCCACAUAAACGAGGACCAACAAAAAAACUACUUUGUUGUCGAUGCCAGGACCGAAACUUCAGCAAUCGAGAAGACCUUUGACGAAUACACCUCACGAAAGGACAUCGCCAUUGUCCUGAUCAACCAACAUGUUGCCGACAAGAUCCGCUAUCGGGUGGACAACUACACAGCUGCUUUCCCGGCAUUACUCGAAAUUCCCAGUAAAGACCACCCAUACGAUCCGGAGAAGGAUUCGGUGUUGAAACGCGUGCAACGUCUGUUUGGUGACUCAUGAGAUGAUAGAGGAGGACCCUCACGAGGAGAAGGGGUUGUUUUACAUACACAAAGAUACCCAGUGCUCUUGCACUAAAUGAAUAACAGGAGUUUGAUAAGGGAAUCAAGUUACACAUUAAGCAAAAAGAGAGAACUACAACACGCUGCUCAACCAGAUUUAAAACACUCGCACUGACAG